GAAAACGCACCGGAGAUCGCCAAGGUCCUUGUGUACUGUCAGCAGGUGCUGGGCCAUCUCUGCGAGAAGUUCAGCAGCCUUCCGGAGGUGCCGAAGUGGGACCUGACCCCGUUCAAAACCAUCGAGGGCUUCCUGACAGUGGUGUCGGAGGGCAAGCUCGAGAUCUUCGGGCUUCCCGACCGUGCGAGGCGAGUGCACAACCUUCUCCGUGCCAUCAUUCGCGGCGAGCACUAUGCGGACUUCGAGGCCACCAUCAAGGAGUUUCCUGAUGCCCCUCUGGCCACCAGGUUGGGGCACAGCCGGACACAUGCCCUGUUCCAGGAUGUCCUGCGAGAGCCUUUUGGUUGCAAUAAUAUAGGUGGCUGA